GUAUGUGACACAUAGGAAACUAGAGCUGUCUUUGUCAUUUACAGUGGUUGUCUGUGAAGAUCUCUCACAAAUUAUAACAGCAGACCAUUAAAGCAAACCCCUAAAGGUUUUGGAUCUUUAUAUAGAGGAUGACUUUUUCUAUUGUGGUAUUAAUUGCAAAGGCAGGACAUUUAUCUGUGAUGGGUGACAAAUAGUUCUAUAAACCCUUCUGACAGACCUAUGCCUGCCACAGAGCUUUUAACAUUGAAGUUCUGGCUCGAAGCAGAUCACUAACAGCAGAUGAAGUGAAGGUUGAUUCUGGGACACAAGCUCUUCUCAAUGCUGUCCCCAAAGGAAAGAGGAAUGAGCAAAAUAUAUCUGCAUUCCCAAAAUAGCACAAGGCACUGUGAGCUGGCUGGACUGUAAAAAAAAGCACGAAAAGUAUCUUACAGGCAUUCUAUUCAGAUUUUAUUUUGUUCAGUGUCUUACCACAAGUCUUUCGCAGUCUGUGAUUCUGGUCAACAGCUUAGACCAAAGCUGCAGCUGCUACUAAGCUACUGUACGAUUAUGGUAUGGAAUGUGGGGAUAAAUACAAACCUGGGUUCAUGGGAGAAUGAUAGACUGCAUCUGUAACAUCAUGUUUUACACAAUGUCAUCAUGCUGGCAACAGUUCCUGGGUCUGACCCUGAUGGUUUUAAUUACAAGAUCAACAGUCAGCUGCCCAGCUCGAUGUGAAUGUGCUGCUCAAAUUAAAUCAGUAGUCUGCCACAGGAAGCGUCUGACAGCAAUUCCAGAAGGCAUUCCCAUAGAAACAAAAAUACUUGACCUAAGCAAAAAUAGACUGAGAUGCAUCAGUUCAGGGGAUCUGGCAACAUUUCCACUUCUGGAAGAAAUUGAUCUCAGUGAGAAUAUAAUCACAAAUGUUGAGCCUGGAGCUUUCAAUAAUUUGUUCAACCUGCGAUCCUUGCAGCUGCGCAGUAACCAGCUGAAACUGAUCCCGACCGGUGUUUUCACCAGACUUACCAACUUAACACGUCUGGAUCUUAGUGAAAACAAAAUUGUGAUUCUACUGGAUUAUAUGUUCCAGGACUUGAGGAAUUUGAAACAUUUAGAAGUUGGGGAUAAUGACCUUGUUUAUAUCUCACAGCGGGCCUUCAGCGGGUUAUUAGGCCUCCAACAGCUAACCAUUGAGAAAUGCAACCUGACCUCGAUUUCUGCAGAAUCCCUUUCCUAUCUCCAAAAUUUGAUCACACUUAGACUGCGUUAUCUUAGCAUCAGCUUUCUGGAAGAACAGAACUUUCGUAAACUGUACAACUUGAAAGAACUGGAGAUUGACUACUGGCCACUUCUUGAGACCAUUACUCCAACAACACUGUAUGGUCUGAACCUCACAUAUCUUUCCAUAACAAGCACAAACCUUUCUUCUGUACCAUCUGGAGCUUUCAGAAAUUUGGUCUAUCUCAAAAUGCUGAAUCUGUCUUAUAAUCCUAUAACCAUUAUUGAAUCUGGCUCAUUUCGUGAUUUAAUCCGACUUCAACAGUUGUACAUGGUUAGCACUAUGCUUACUACAAUAGAGCCGCAUGCUUUCCUUGGACUGAGGCAAUUAAAAGUGCUAAAUAUUUCCAACAAUUUCUUGGUUACGCUGGAAGAAAAUACUUUACAGUCUGUGAGCAGCUUGGCAGUCCUGCGCUUGGAUAAUAACCCUCUAUCCUGCGAUUGCCGCCUACUGUGGCUUUUGCAGAAGAGAAAGACACUUAGUUUUGAUGACAACCAGCCAGUUUGUGCUACCCCUGCAGAUAUUCAGGGCAGUGAGUUAAAAGACUUUGAGGACUCAGCCCUCCAUAACUAUUUUACAUGCCAAAAACCCAAAAUACGGGAUAGAAAACCUCAGCGUGUAACCGCUGGUGAAGGACAGACUGUCUAUUUUACUUGCCGAGCUGAUGGUGAACCAACUCCAGUUAUAAUGUGGGUCUCUCCUCAAAGGAGAAUGAUUACAAGUAAAAGUAAUGGCAGAAUAACAAUACUGCCUGGAGGCACUCUGGAGAUCCGAUUUGUGCAAGUCCAUGACAGCGGCACCCAUAUUUGCAUAGCUAGCAACGCUGGAGGAAAUGACACGUCUUUUGCAGUGCUGACUGUAAAAGGACAUCCUUUAGAUGGAGCCUUAUAUGCAAACAGGACAGCAUACUUAACAGAAUUCAAUGAUACUGCAUUCAACGACACACAGGUGUUCCUGAAGUUUACACUUGAUGUGAAAACCAUUCUGGUGUCCACCGCAAUGGGAUGUAUCACCUUUUUAGGGGUGGUGCUGUUCUGCUUUCUGCUUCUUUUUGUGUGGAGCAGAGGAAGAGGGCAUCACAAAAACAAUUUCUCAGUGGAAUACUCAUUUCGAAAGGUUGAUGGCCCAACAGUCAGUGGUGGGCAAGGAGGUGCAAGGAAGUUCAAUAUGAAAAUGAUUUGAAUCAACAGUUUAAAAACUCAAUGUAAUGGAUCCAAUAUAUAAACUAGGGGUUCGUUAAUUACACAUUUUCAUAGUCAAUAAGCUGAUUGAUCGUUUAUAUCAUACAAACUCCUGCUUAUCAUGUUAUAAUAAUAAGCAUAACCAAUAUUUUAUUAAUUAAUUUUCACCGAGGCUCAGAUAAGAGUUAAGAUUGCAUGCUGUAAAUAGUCUCCCGGUCCUUUGACUGGUACAGCCCAUCGUAAUGCAUCAUUACCUACUUAACUUGCUAAAAGUUUUUGACACAUCGGGAUAGAAAUUGGUUCAUUUCCAAGUUCAAGUGUCAACACAGUGGCAGCAAGGAUCACUACACUGAAACAGAAGCAACACGGGACCAGAAGAACUCACUCGUGAUUCUCCAGCUUCACAUUCAGUUAAGUACCUACCUUUAUAGCAGCGCCUCCAUAGUCUAUUUGACCACUGGUUUGGCCACUUUAAGGCACAUAAGAUCUGGAAACAGUUCACCUGCUCCAGUCAGGCCUACACCAAUUUAGCAAAGAAGCCUGAAACUUGUGUUAGGCCCCUUAUUUGCACAGGCAAUAAAUCUGACAUUUGCUUUAGGCAGAUGCCCCGAACAAUGAACCCCUAACCAAUGUGGCAACCAUCGCCAAACUUCUGUUUCACAGUCAAUAAAAAUUGGUGGAUUCUGGACUCGUUUCAAGCCCACAAAACAGGCAAAGUAACAUCCAAUUUUUCACUAUACAUUGCAAUCAGGUGUUUCACUAUUGGCAUUGACUAAGUAGAAGAAUUUUUCUUUGUGCCACAUGACAUAUAAUUGUCCAGCUAUGCAUUUAUUUUAUCAGUGACCCCAUCAACAAUUGGCUGAUAUGGUCUUUAAACUUCAGAUACGCAGAGUUUUAAUUUAGUAAUACAAUCAUCUAAUGAAGCAUGAAGCUGUGUCAAGCAAGUACUUAACCUUUGUUCUAAACAACUCAGCCAAUCAGUUAUAAAUGACUAUGAAAAUCUAUAAUUGUUUUCUGUGAGAAGUGGAAUAUUUAAAUCAUUAUUUAUUAUUGGAAACAUUGUUUGAAAACAUAUCUCAGAAAUUUCUGGGGAUUAUGUUGAUAAAUCAUUCCAUGGAUGGUAGUAUAUAAUCAAAUGCUGCCUGGAUUGUCAUCUGAAUUUGCAGCUCCUUGGCAGUCAAGCGGACAAUUACUCAGGUUGGCCCAUACUGUAUUAUUUUGUUGUUAUCAGAAACUGAGUUGGCUGUACAUUAUUUCUUUAUACAGGUUUGUUGAAGCAGCUUUGUAUUUUAAUUUAAAAAGAAAUUGACUUAUGAACAUUUUGUUUCAUAUAUAUGUGAGAAACAUGCUGUUUGGACUUGAUCUUUUACAUCAGAAUCACUUUUGCUUACAAGAAAAAUGGAAAAAAAAAUGCCUGCAGCGAUUGUUGUAACAUUGUUUUGCUGAAUGUUUUUAUUGUGUUUUGUAAAGGAUGUCCUUGCAAAGGUAUUAUUAUGCCAUUAGUAAUGAUCUGUUAAAUGUUACCGUAGUUUUCUGCAUUAUUUCACUCAAACUAAAAAAAGCUAAUCCCAAUUCAUCAAAAGACUCUAUUACUCAAGCAAUUAUGUGUACUUCUACAUCUUUUUAUAAUAAUUAUAAUAAACAACUUACAUAAUAUGAUAUGCUUUAAUAAGCAAAUAAAUUCAAAGCUCUACAGCCUUGUCUUCUGGCACUGUUAUAAUUUACUAUAAGAAAUAAGGGAUAUUUCAAAGGCAUUAAAUUAAUAAAGGCAAAUACUGUUGUUUGGAAUAGACAAAGGUGGAGCAUUUUCACAGGAGAAAAACAUCUUACUGCCUUGAUGAAGCUGAGUUGGUGGAAGUGUAGAUUCUGAGAGACCUGGGAUUUUGUGUACCUAGAUACAAUGCACAUGGUGCCUCACCAACUCUGCAAACCAGCCUAUUAUCAAGGUGUACUGUAGCCAGAUGACUUAAGGUAAAUUAUGACAAUAUGAAAAGAGGGUAGCAAGUUUUUUGUUCAAAACAAAUUAUGAAAUCUGAAAAUGAGGAAUCAAAAGAACAAUUGUAUUUUGCCCUUGAGAUAAUAAAAUGAGCUUGCACAUAUUUGAAAUAUUUUUUAAAAAUGGUUCUAUUCAUUCCAAAGUUACUUUCAGAUAACGCUGAAGAAAAAAUUAAAAUUACAAUCCAUUAAAGCAGCUUUCCACAAUGCUGUUGUGAACUGUACGAAUAUCAACUGAAUGAAUCACACAAAUAUCACAAAUUAAUUAACCAGUUUUAUACAUCAUAUAUGUGACUGCCAAUUGUUUGUAGUAUGAAUAAAUGUUGUAGCAAUGAGACCAUAACAUCACUCAAACCAAACAUUACUCAACCACAGAUAGUGCUUCCAAAUGGAAUGGCAAUAAUUUGUUUUAUUUCAAACCUUGUUCAAAAAAAAUGUAUAAAAUGUAACAGGAAAGUAUUUUUAAAAAAAAUAAACUACUUGUCACACAAACUGA